CCGCCCCAACCUUUACGGCUACAAUGUGGUGCUGUCGCCAAUGUACGGCUGGACUGGCUCAAGCUGGACUGCUGGCGGCUCGUAUUCCAUUUUGGAGGACACAUUCAUGCAAGAAAUUCUCAUUCAGUAUGUGCAAGACAAUCUGGCCAACGCCGGCUUGAACGUCUACAUGACUCGCGAGCGGUGGUUUGACACUCCAGAUGAAAAGUUCCUCGACGACUCUCUGCCAGGCUUUUCGGCCCCAGACUGGCUGCCUUACGGCGGCGGAUACCUUGGAGGUGUUCGCUACAUCAAGGGCACUUCCACGGAAACCUCCUAUGCUGCGUACACGACCACCCUCGCUGCGGAUGGGUACUACCCCGUAUACAUGCGAUACACAGAGCAUGCCAAUCGAGCCUCAAAGACACUGGUGCGAAUUUUUCAUUCUGGCGGCACCUCGACCGUUUUCCUGCGCCAGCAAACGCGCGGUGACAUUUGGCAAUACGUUGGGCGAUUCUACUUUACCACCACCAAUUUCCGCGUGGAAAUCUCAAAUCAAGUCACGGCCGCCGAAGCUGCUCCAGGAGACACGGGCUACAUUGUUGCUGAUGGAAUUCGCGUCGGUUGUGGCUCUGCCACGUCCCAUCCAAGAUGGCAUUUCACUGGAACGAAUUUCUUGACAUACUUGAACUACUCACUCGGAUCAACUGAUCAAGAGACGGGACACGCGGCCUACUCGUCGCUACUUUACAAUGAGGAAACAGUCGUGUCGCCGUCCAAUUCGUUUGCCUCUUGGGCGCACAUCCAGAUGAAGACAAACUGCUGCGGCACACCUGGUGUGGGAGGUACUACCUCUGUGAGCUACUCGAAUGGAAGAUCAGCCACCUACGGAGGAGCGACAUCUGUGACCCUGUCCACGAAUGUGCAAAAUCGCGGUGACUUGCUGCGCGACAAGUUUCAAGCUGAGAUGAGUCGAACUUCUGGCCAGCCCGUGUAUGUCACUGGCACGCACAACUACGCGGAACUUCAGUUGAACACCCUCGUGCCAUCGUUCUCCACCCUGCCGAUGUUCAUGGACGUCCCAGCAGACGUGGCCAAGUUUGCAAGUGACUACUUUCGCGAAUCUCUUGGUCGCACGUUCUACAAGGCGCUGCUGCGAAGCUUUCUCUCGACUUCUGCAGUCGCCUUUCCGCUUCCUGUCACGCACUUGCACACCAUCAACACCCAAACCAGCGUCAACAUUUGCUGGCGCCAGCCCACCGACUCGCUAGAGUCUACUGCUGUUCCGACAGCUUGGAAACUCUACACGUCAAGCGAUGGUCGUGGCUGGGAUGACGGUGUGAUUGUUUCUGCGGCCCUGACUGGUUCCACGUAUUGCUACAUGCACACGAGUCUUGCGCCAUGGCAACUUGCCUUUUUCAAGGUGGCUGGUGUCAAUGCCGGUGGCGAAGCGAUGAGCAAGCUCACGACGGCAGUCCGCCGAAUUGCUUUUGGAACGCGUGCAACCAUGGUCCUUGUCGAUGGCGUCCGAGGCGAUUUUACGUUCACGUCCACGAACGUCGAGGGUCGGUACACACGCGACUAUAUCAUCCAGCACGCGCUGUCGGUGGCAGCAGCGGCAGCAGGUUACGCGUUCGACGGGGCGGCCAACGAAAUCUUUUCGGAUGCGAGCUGGGCAACCAACCUCAACGGCUACAACACUGUGAUUUGGCUUGCUGGCACAGACUCGCAGGUCUCGGGCGUGGCUGGGGCCAUUUCGUCGGCCCAGCAGACCACUAUUACGACUUGGAUGAAUAGCGGAGGAAUUCAGCUGCGCUCGUUGCUGGUGAGCGGCUCUGAGGUGGCCUCCAGUCUGGCGACAGCAUCGCCAAGCUUCCUUUCUGGUACGCUGAAAGCCGGACUGAGCAACACCAACAGCGGAAUUUACGUGGUCCGCCCCGCUUCGUCGUUUUCCGUGGCCUCCAGUACGGUCACUUUCAACAGCCCGAGUGGAAUUGGCAUGGGCAAGCCUUAUGGCGUCCCGAGCCCCGACGCCCUGUCCACGACUGGUGGUAGCGCGCCUAUCUUGAACUACGGUGCAACCAGCGGCAGCUUGAUUGCGGGCGUGCUUUUCCGCGAUGUCUCUAUCGCAUCAUGCCUGCUGGGCUUCCCGUUCGAGACAAUUGUUUCCAAGACAGAGCGUGACAACCUGAUGGAAGCGCUUUUGAGCCAGCUGGUGUUUACUCCCGCGCCUCUCGCGUCGUCGCUGAGCCGGGCGUCCGCUUCGGCGAUUGCAACGUCAAUGGCAAGUCUGGCGACCUCGGCUAGUGCCGCGAGCGCUUCGGCAUCCCUCGCUACCCUUGCUACACUUGCAACCCUUGCUACAGAAGCAAGCCAACAAGCUGCGGCAUCUUCGUCAGCCUAUGAGACAUCGGUCGCGUCUGCUGCCUCUCAAGCGUCCGACGCAUCUGCUGCCUCUGAAGCGUCUGACGCUGCUGCCACCUCUGCAACUUUGUUGUCUGCUGCUAGCGCGUCAGAAGCGAGUCAACAAGCUGCGGCAUCGUCAUCGUCCGCACAUGAGACGUCAGUCGCGUCAGUCGCCUCGGCCGCCUCUCAAGCGUCUGCCGCUGCUCGCGCGUCAGACUCUGCCGUCAAUGUGGCUGCCAUCAUUGGAGGUGUUGUUGGCUGCGUGGCCGCGUUAUUGCUGAUUCUCUUGCUUGUCGUGUUGGUGACUCGCCGCCGCCGCCGUCAGGCAAAGACGAACAACGUCGCAUCAAUUCGCGACGCUGAGCUGCGCAUGAGUUUCAAUCCCACGGCUGAUGGUGCCCCGAACGAGUUUGCCAACCCUCUUUUUGCGCAUGAUCAUGCAACGGAGGCCUUGUACGACUCACUCUCCGCUCCAAGUGCUGCUGUCGCGAAACAAAUGGAGGCAGCCGACUCUGGUAUGUACGACUCGGUGCGCCCGACUGCCCAAGUCGACUCGAGUUUGUACGACUCGGUGCAUGCGGCUGGCCAGGUCGAGCCUUCAACCAACGAGUAUGCCAACACCACCAACGCCCAGAGCAACUACGACGAACUUCAGGCUCCAAGAUCGGAUGCUGUACAGUACACGCUCGUGGUUCACAACCAGGCGAGUCAGUAAACAAACAACAAACACAACAAUGUGCAUGCUUCCUUUGUUCUCGCUGCAUGUGACGUG